AUGGAUAGCUAUAUCGGCGCGACCUCUGGUCGUGCCGCCCGAAGAUUUACUUCAUUUGAAGGAUGGCGCGAAGUCAGCCGCGGGAUAUACGUUACGGCUGGCCAUACUGCGGCAGUCUUUAUUCCGGAUCCCGUGUAUGAUCAAGAGUGGCCUCCACACCGUGACAGGCAAGUUCAAACCAGGCUUUCCCGGAUGUACCGAAAGUCCAUCAACGCUUCCUCAGCAGGUGGAAGCGACGACAAAUAUGGGCAGAGGGGCCUGUGGCCAAACGGAGUUACGCAGUUGACGGCGCCAAGGGUAGGAGCAGGACAUGAGGCGGGAAAGGAAUCGGUCGCGCGGGAAGACACAGAGGAGACAGAGGAUUUUGGGUCUGCAGAGCCAUUGGAGAUGCAAUUCCAUGUGUUCCCUAAGAAGGUCAAAUGGUACCUUGUUAUCAUCAUUGGAAUUGCUGGGCUCUUUUCUGGAUUGUCCUCGAACAUAUACUUGCCCUCGCUAUCCGCCAUCGCCCAGGAUCUGAAAGUUAGCCUCAGUGACGUUGGGCUAACCAUUACAUCGUACCUGAUAGUUCAGGGCAUCUCACCGUUAUUCUGGGGCUCGCUAUCCGAUACCAUUGGCCGUCGACCAGUAUAUCUAUACUCCUUCUCCGUAUAUAUUGUCUCCAACAUUGUCCUCAGCAUUACGCCAAAUUUUCCCGUCUUGCUUGUGUUCAGAGGGCUUCAGGCAGCUGGUAGCGCAUCCACAGUUAGCAUUGGAAAUGGCGUUAUUCAGGACAUCGCGACCCCAGAUGAGCGCGGUGCAUUUAUCAGCUUCUACCAAGCCAUUCGAAAUUUUAGCAUCGCGGUUGGACCCGUGAUUGGCGGUGUGCUGUCCAACUUUUUCGGGUUUCGCUCCGUCUUCAUCUUCCUGCUCAUCGUGUCAUCAGCUGUGCUGGGCAUAAUUGUCCUUUUCCUACCAGAGACACUCCGGACAAUUGCUGGUAACGGCUCUCUCAAACUUUCAGGUAUUUACCGACCGCUUUUGAGUGGAUUUGUCACAGGAAAACAAAAUACAGAAGAGCCCGAAGCCUUGGCACCGCGCCCCAAGGUAAAUUUGAAGACAUUUCUGAAGCCAUUACUGCUCCUUCGAGAAAAGGAUAUCCUGGUUAGUUUGGUUUUUGGUGGAACUGUGUACUCGGUAUGGAGCAUCGUCGUGGCCACAACGACAGGGUUAUUCAAAGAUCUAUUCCAUUUGGAUGACGUGCUUCUUGGUGUAGUAUUCUUGCCUAAUGGAUUGGGCACUAUUAUUGGCUCAGUAAUUGCCGGCAAACUUAUGACACGGGAGUUUCUGGUGGCGGAGAGGGCUUACCUCGAGCGACACCCAACUGCGGCGCCACCAUCCAAGAAUAAGAAAGACAUUCCGGUGGAUUUCCCAAUUGAGCAUGCUCGUCUACGUCACGCACCCUGGAUCACUGCAUUGUUUAGCCUGGCAACGGCGGCCUACGGUUUUACGGUGCUUCAGCCCUCCCAGCUCUCUCUGGUCUCCAAGGCAGGUUGGAUUACGGUACCGCUAGUGCUGCAGUUUGUGAUUGCUGCCACGUCUAAUGCAGUUUUUGCCAUAAAUACAACGCUCGUUUCGGAUCUAUGUCCGGGGAAAGGCGCGAGCUCAACGGCAAUCAAUAAUCUGGUGCGCUGCGGAAUGGCCGCCCUGGGGGUAGCAGCUGGGGACCUCUUGUUGCGCACGUUCGGACCUGCUGCGACCUUUCUGGGGUUGGCGAUUCUCACUGCUGGCAUGGGAGUGCUGUUGUGUCUUGAGUUGAUGUACGGUAUGCAGUGGAGAAAAGCCCGUCGCCAAAAGGACGCAAUAGGUCUAAAAGUAUAG